UUUGAUCAAAUGUUGCAGGUUGCCUCUGAAGUGUCAGAAGGUUCUAUAACAAGGAUUUACACUUGGAAAUGGGUGUUAAACAAAAGGAUAAGAUGCUAUGGGUGAUCAGUAUGGUUCUAUCUAUGCUGAUGCUUGUAAAUGGCUAUCCCAGGAUAUCGGAACAUGAAAUUAAAACACAGAAAAAGAAUCUUACGAUUGACAUCCUAAUGCCUGGUGCACAUCCAAGUGAGGAAGAUUCAUACAUAUGCACAUCCUGGCUCUCUGAAAUGGAAGACACUGUUUAUAUAACAAAGUUUGAACCCCUUGCCAGUGCUGAUGUUGUACACCACAUGCUUGUCUUCCUCUGUUCAGAUGCUAAAAGCCCUGGAACAAAAUGGGAUUGUGGGCAUCACCAGACCUGUGAAGAAUCCAAAAUUAUGUUUGCCUGGGCUAAAAAUGCCCCACCUCUCACCCUUCCUCCUGAUGUUGGUUUCCGUGUAACCCCAGGGUCAUACAUCACUGUACAGAUUCAUUAUGCCAAGGUGUUUUCAUCAGCUGAGCCACCUGACAGCAGUGGCAUUCGACUUCAUGUCAGCUAUGAAAAACCAAAAAACAUUGCAGGGAUCUACCUUAUGGUGGCUUCAGACAUCCGAAUCCCCCCCAACAAAGAGAUUGUGCAUUCAGACGUCAACUGCUUCUCUGAGUCGACAGAUGCCCCUAUUUAUGUGUUUGGCUAUCGCACUCAUGCCCAUGUUCUUGGGAAGGUCAUCACAGGUUAUCUGUACAAUGCCACUGCACAUGAGUUUCGGGAAUUUGCUCGUGGAAAUCCUCAAUGGCCACAGGCCUUUUAUCCUGUCAGUAAGCCCCUCAAAAUCACUUCUGAGGAUGUGAUAGUUGCUCGAUGUACCUACAGCUCUGUUGGCCGAAACCGCUGGACCUAUGUUGGCAUGACCCACAAUGAUGAGAUGUGCAAUCUAUAUCUGAUGUACUACACGGAUGCCAUAAGAGGAGAACCUUUCUUUCGUUGCAUGGACCAACAGAUCGCGCUUGCCAAACCCAUUCCAGCUGAUUCAGACACCCCUCCUCCUGAUAAUCCAAACUUUGAGGAGCUUGCAAAGGGGAAGAAUCUUGGGCAAGUUCAGGCAUACACAUAUGCUAUGGAGAAUGAGCGAGGAUCAGAGAGCACUUCACAAGCACCCUCUCUUCUGUACAACUACUACAAGGAGGAGCCUCGCCAAGGGAGGGACUUUGACAACCGGAAUGGUUAUCGUGAAGUUAAAGGAUGGGCAAACUUUGGCAUUGAGUUGGGGCAGGUGACUGCUGUGUCCUUGGAUCCUCUUGGAAGAGUGGUUCUCUUCCACAGAGGAGAUCGUGUCUGGGACGGGACAACCUUUGACCUCCGGAACCGCUUGCGGAAUGCCAACAGGGGUCCCAUCUCUUCCGACACCAUCUUAAUCCUUCAACCUAGUGAUGGACAUCUCCUGGAAUCUUGGGGCAAAGACAAAUUCUACCUGCCACAUGGCCUGGUGAUUGACCAGUCAGGGAACUAUUGGCUCACUGAUGUUGGGAUGCAUCAAAUUUUCAAGUACUCUCCUAAGGGAGAUAUUCUCCUCACUCUGGGUGAGAAGUUGGUUCCAGGAGGGGAUCGGGACCAUUUCUGCAAGCCGACUGAUGUUGCUGUCCUUAAGGAUGGGACAUUCUUUGUCUCUGAUGGCUACUGUAAUCGUCGUGUGAUCAAAUACAGUCCUGGAGGUCAGAGGAUCAUGGAAAUUGGUCGUGCAGGCUCUGAUGCUGGAGGUUUCUUGGCAGGACUGUUUCGUAAUCCAGGUCCUACAGACUUCCUCAUCCCCCACAAUUUGGCCAUGGACCAUGGAAGGGGAAUUCUAUUUGUGGCUGAUAGAGAGCAUGGUCGCAUUGAGGCAUUCACUACAAACAAUAUGACUGCCAUUGGCAGCAUCUCUUUCCCUGAAGCUGCUGGCAAGGUUUAUGCUGUUGAUUUCCUCCCCCAAUUCGGUGGACUGUUGUUUGCUGUCAAUGGUCCAAAUGUGUUCCGCCCGAUGAAGGCAUUUGUGAUUCGUCCUCGUGACAGUAAGGUGCUGGCCUCAUUUGCACCAGAUAAGGGGAGUCUUGCAGGUCCCCAUGACAUAUGUGUCUCUCCUGAUGGCACUUCUGUCUAUGUGGCAGAGAUCCAGUCUCCCCAAGUCUGGAAGUUUUCUUUAGUGAGUGGCAUGGGGAAAAAGUCUGAGGAUGAGACCCCUGCUCGCCCACUCAGAGCAGAUGAAAGACCCAUAAGUCCUUCUCCAGAGGAGAUGACUAAUGAUGCUGUGAAGGUAUCAAAGUUUGCUGUGAAAGAGGAUACCAGUCAAGGGAUUGUAUUGCCAGCAUUCUUGGCACUUCUUCUCCUUGUUGUGGUUCUUGCUGUUGUCAUUGUUUAUCGAAAGAGAUCUCAGCACCGUAAGAGUGUGAAAGCAUACACAAAGACAGAGAAGUUUGCAGAACGACAUGAGGGAUUCCGGAAGCUGAACACGCAUGACACAGAUGAUGACGACAGUGGAGACAGUGACACCGAGGUCUUCAAUCGGGCCAGCACUGUCCGCCAGUGAUGCCAUCAUCCAUCAGUGAUGUCUUAUCCUGUUCUGAGUCUGCAUUUGUCUGCCUCAAUGGCCUGUUUUACACUGGGAGGGAUCUGCACAGCUUCUGGCUAUGAGACAUACCUUCCUUUCAGUACUAUAUGGAGUACUUGUGUGAUGAUCUUGCCAAGGUAGACAGACAAACAUGUCUGCUAGGUGUUCACCAUCGUGAUGCUGACUUUAUUGCUUUGUUUCAAUUCAUGUGAUGACCCAAGAGUAGUUGUACUUGAAACACAUACAUUCCUGUAGCAAGCUAGUCUUUUUUCUCUCAUGGUAUAGUAGACUGCCAACUUUCGUAAAACUGCUUUACAAUAUUUCAUUGUCCAAAUGGCAUUCAAAUCAGAACUAUUUGUUUGUGUUCCUUUUCUAUGGUUGUAGAUCUGCUUCAAACAGAUGGUAAGUACUGUACCUGAUGUGAACUGGAUGGUGAUUGAUUUAAGCUGGAUUUAUUUUUCUGAUGCAUAUUUAGUGAAAAGUCUCUUUGUGGACUCUAUUGCUUCCUGUCUUUCACAUAGUUCUUCAAGAAUAUAUAUUGUAAACCCUAUCAACACCUGUAUACAGAAUCUAGGGAACUUAUUUCGAGCAUUUGUACAGUAUUUUGGUGGAAUAAGUUCAGUGUGCAACAGAACACUAUGAUUGUGUGAGUUUCUUAUGCAUAUUGUUAUGUAGAUUAAUCCAAGUUCACUCUACUGCCUCCAAAUCUCAACCAGUGAUCUUGAAAGUGCACACCUUCUCUAGUAUCUAAUAAUGUAUAAAAUAUAUUCAGGGACUGAAGGCUAUUAGGGAUCUUUACUCUUCAAAAACUUAAGAGUAAGUACAUUGACUAUUACCUUCUCAAGCAAAAGUUUGUAAUUCAGGCCCAGGGUCUAGAGAAGUUCUCUGGAAAGAAAGUCCCAUAGCAUUAGUUGGAAUUUUUAAAUCUUGCAGUUGACUACCCUUUGCCCUUACACUAUAGUAAUUCUUGCAUCUUGCUUAGAUACUGAGGUUCAAGUUGAGAUUCUGGCAUUUAUGAAAUCAUGAUGGGAUAUCCUGUUGCAAAUGAUUAGAUUGUAGUGAAUGAAACCAUGAAAGUGGUUCCUAUAGUAUGUCAGAAUUUUACACAUUCUUGAAAUAUAAUUUUAUCUGCUGGUCCUACCUCUGGUCCAUGCAGUAUUCUCUGUGAUAAUGAGAACAUUUCUGCAUUUUACUGUUCACCAAAAAUUGUAUAUGGAUUCAUUGCUACAGCCUUUGCAGCUGCCUAUGAAUAUUCCUUUGCCUUUGCUUUUAGUGUUAUAUUUAAAUAAUAAAAAAAGAGUUUGUCUCAUUUAACUGGAGUGCUAAAUAAGUAAUGGUGAAGUUCAUUUCAAUCUGCAUCAGAUUGUGACUUGUGAUAUGCCCAUCAUUGAUAUGGAUCUGCCCAGAUCUAGCUGACAAUGUCAGACACUGCCUUUGUGAUGUUAGGUUUUGAAAUUUACUUUUAGAUCUGAACCUUCUUCAGGUCCAUUCAGUACUCUUUUUAUGACUGACCAUUCCUGCUAUUUUCUUUUGAACAAUUAUGAACAAGUUCCUUGCCACAAUGCUUCAACUGCCUGUUCUGCCCCUGCUUUCAGUGUUUUGAAAAAGUGUGUAUUGUCUGAUUGAAAUGCUAAAUCAUUAGGGUGGAUUGGAGUCAGCAUAAUUAGAAAAUGAUUCUAUGCUCACCUUGUGAUGACCAAUCAGUGUCUUCUGCCUUUAUUAUGCACUUCAGAAUUUUCUCAAUGGUUUCCAUCAUGCCAUUCAAUUUUAUUUGGUAAAUUCUUCUUGGAAAAUUGAACUCAGUGUAUGGUUGUGUUGUAACCUUUUAACUUCUACAUUCGGUUCUGCAUGCCGACCAAUUCUCCUUGCAUGUGAUAUUGUGCUUGUCAGAGGAAAAGGGGAAUAAAUGUGACAUGAGUGAUGAGGUG